UUGCGACGACAUAUCAGGGAAAUGCAUGGUGAUUACGGGAGCGUUCGGAGUUGUCUGACUGAAGAUGAUGGGACUUUAGAUGAUGGAAGCACAGUUACUAUAGAAUCUGGAAGCGGUGCUACGGGAUCGAGUGGUAUUAAAUGCUCAAUACAGAAUACGGGAGACUCGUCAGCAGCGGAUUCACCAAAAGAAAAAUUCGUUAACAUUGAUGGCGAUGAAGACAAUCCAGGAAUGACAGAAGUAGAGGUAAAAUCGCUCGGCUAUCACUCGUCGACGGGAUCACCAGAAGCCUCAGAUGUGUCUGACUCUAUUGUACUGCAAUCAAAACAAUCUGUAAAGUGUGUUAUUGCUGACGACGAUGUAAACAACGAUCUAGAUGAAUCUGUAGAACCAUUGGAUCAGGGAAAAGAUGUAUCAGAAAAAGCAGAAAAAACUAUCUCUGCAAAAUCGCUCGGCUAUGACUCUUCGACAGGAUCACUAGAAGGCUCAGAUGUAUCUGACUCUAUUGUACUGCAAUCAAAACAAUCGGUAAAGUGUGUUAUUGCUGACGACGACGUAAACAACGAUCCAGAGGAAUCUGUAGAACCAUUGGAUCAGGAAAAAGAUGUAUCAGAAAAAGCAGAAAAAACGAUCUCUGCAGAAGCUCCUUCUUUUAUUUAUACUGAAACAGGCGAAUAUUCAUGUCAGAAGUGUGACAAAAUUUUUGGCAGUAUGCAUAAUGCGCGCCGCCAUUGGAAUCGUGUACAUCUGAAAUGCUAUACGGAAAGAAAGAGGUCGAAAAAGUUAACCUGUAAAUUUGAAGAUUGUGCGCAACGCUUUCCGUGCCUUUCAAAACUUCAGGAUCAUUUGUCAUCAGCUCAUAGUGAGGAUGCAUUGAUUGAAUGUGAAACGUGCGCCAAGAAAUUUCGAACUCGUGCUCAAUUUGCUGUCCACCUCAGACGUUAUCAUUUGGUAAGCAUCAAAGAUGCACCUGCUGGAUUCGCGAAGCAAAGUUAA